GAAAUCGCACGUCUUCCACUUCUCCUUAAUUAAUCUCACCACUAUAAAUUCUUAAUCUUCAACCUUUCUCUCUAAACGAAACAUUCGAUUCAUUCUCGCGAUCCUCUCUGAUUCGAAGCUCAAGCCAUGGCUCGUACGAAGCAGACUGCUAGGAAAUCCACCGGAGGAAAAGCUCCCAGGAAGCAACUCGCCACCAAGGCGGCGAGGAAAUCAGCGCCGACCACGGGAGGAGUCAAGAAGCCUCACCGUUACCGUCCCGGAACCGUCGCUCUCCGUGAGAUUCGUAAGUACCAGAAGAGCACUGAGUUGUUGAUCCGCAAGCUUCCGUUUCAGCGUCUUGUUCGUGAAAUCGCCCAAGAUUUCAAGACGGACCUGAGGUUCCAGAGCCACGCAGUGUUGGCGCUUCAGGAAGCUGCGGAGGCGUAUCUGGUUGGUUUGUUUGAAGACACGAAUCUCUGUGCUAUUCACGCCAAGAGAGUCACCAUCAUGCCUAAAGAUAUUCAACUGGCUAGGCGUAUUCGUGGAGAGCGUGCUUAGAAGAAUCACAUCUCUCAUCUUGUGCCUUUUGAUUUCUUUUUGUUUGUUUGUUUGUUUUAAGCGUAAUGCUUUUGGUGUUAUAAAGCUCUCUUUGAAGCUUAAGAACAUAGAUGGAUUGAGUAUUGAUUUUAUGACAAACUCUAUUGUUUAACUCUUGUUUCUCUCUCUAUGUUGAGUUUAUUGUGUGACACCACUAUUCCAAAGUAGAACAAACUUUGAGUUUUGUUGUUA